GGUGUUUUUAAUGCCUUUUCGGUGUGUGUGCGUCUUUUCCUUGUACCUGGGUUGUUUUUGAUUUAACGAUCAUUUGCAAUAUAUCAUGUACGCCAUGGGGAAAUAAAAUCAAUGCCACACACACACACCCGUUUCUUAUGCAGACGGGGAGUUGCGGGAAUUAAAACGUACAGUUGGGUGGCUGAGGUUUUGCAAGGUACCGAAAGAGGAAGGGGAACUCCUCCCCCACCACAUUUUCAAAAACAAAAACAAAACAAAAGCCCGGCGCCAACAAAAGUGCAAUUUCUGUUUGCCUUUUGUGAGCAAGAACUAGGGGGGAAGUUUUGUGGAUUGGUACAUCUCAGUUGGGGUGGUGAGCAAACAGGAUGAGGCCUCACUAGGAGGAGACUUACCAGAACGGAAAGUUCCCCUUGCAACCUUCUCGGUUCUUUUGGUGCAGAGAAAGCAGUUGGCAGGCUUCACCUCUCGAGGUUGGGACCCAGGUCCGUGUUGCGGCAUUUCAGGAAGAUAAUUUAGAUGGGGUGCCGGGCCUGAAGAGGACAAUCGACACCUUGCUUUUAAAAGCUCUUGGGUCACCUUGCGAUCGCUGGAAGGUGGAUGCUGAGUGGUUCCGAUGAGUGGAAUGGAAUUUACGGCGGGUGGAAUGGAAUUUACGAAUGGCAGUGGACACUUUCGCGAACAGUUCCAUAAAGUUGCCCACGUGUUUGAUCUCAGCCCAAGUAUUUGCUUUCCUUCUCCAUGGGCAUCCUCUUGGAUCAUAGGAUCCCCAUGAGAUCCCUCACCUUGCCAGCUAUGGAUCCUGGAAGGCUUCUGUGACCAAGUCUCUGGAUUCCCUAUUCUGCUGAAACUUGAUCUCGCACCAUCUCUUCCUGGGUCCCUCCUCCUUAGGGAGGAGGGCUGAGCUUGGACUGUGCAUCCGUGGACUAUUUCAUACCAAACCUUCUGCGUUUCAAAAAAAAUAUAUUACUCGUCUGCAUGCUUCUCAUCGGGGUGGGGUCUUUUCCGUCUGGUCUGAGAUUGGUAAGGGGGGGAACCCCAUCUCACAUCCCGCCACGAUGGUCUGGUGCAUCUGCUUUCUCUCUGAGGAGGAGAAAAACGCCGUCGCGAUAGAUAAAGAAAUCAACCGGCUUCUCCAGGAGCAGAAGAAGCGAGAUCGGUGGGAGCUGAAGUUGCUUUUGCUCGGUACUGGAGAGAGUGGGAAAAGUACCUUCAUCAAACAGAUGAGAAUAAUCCAUGGCUUGGGCUAUACAGAGGAAGACCGCAAAGAAUUUGCUAAGGUGGUUUAUCAGAACAUCUUCAUGUCCAUCCAGGCUAUGGUCAAGGCUAUGGAGAUUCUCCAGAUCUCCUAUGCCCAACCGGAAAAUGCGCAAAAUGCUCAGCUGCUGAUGGCUGUGGAUACUUACAAAAUGAAGGAGAUGGAUGCUCACCAUGUAAGGAUGAUCAAAAGCUUGUGGAGAGAUUCCGGAAUUCGAACCUGCUACCAGAGGCGAAGCGAGUACCAUUUGCUGGAUUCCACUUUGUACUUCCUGUCCAACCUGGACCGCAUUGCAGCGGCAGGGUACGUGCCGAGCCCCCAGGACAUCCUGCGGACGCGGGUGCCGACAACGGGCAUCAACGAGUACUGCUUUUCAGUGCAGAAGGUGACGCUCAGGAUUGUUGAUGUAGGAGGGCAGAGAUCAGAGCGCCGUAAAUGGAUCCACUGUUUCGAGAACGUGAUUGCCCUGAUCUACUUGGCUUCUCUCAGUGAAUAUGACCAAUCUCUGGAGGAGAACACAAGCGAAAAUCGGAUGAGGGAGAGUCUCGACCUCUUCAGAACCAUCCUGGAGCUUCCGUGGUUCUGGAAUACUUCCAUCAUCCUCUUCCUCAACAAGGUGGACAUUCUGGAGGAGAAGAUCUUGAGCUCCGACCUGGCUGCUUAUUUCCCAAGUUUCCCAGGCCCCAAGCGAGACGCUCACGUGGCCAAACAGUUCAUCCUUGAAAUGUACAUGGACAUCUUCAGGAAGUUCUCAGUCCCUGGCGGCGACUUUGGAGGGGGUCCUUCUGGCGACGUCUACAGGCCACGGAUCCUUUACUUCCACUUCACCUGUGCCACGGACACGCAGAACAUUGGCACGGUUUUCGAGGACAUUAAAGACGCAGUCCUGGCCCGCUACCUCGAUGAGUUCAACCUGGUCUAGAAGGGUCUCGCGGCCACUUCUGAAGGAUCCCAAUGACUCCACUUGUUGGCCUUAGAGGAGACCUGGGGCAUGGAAGGCGAAACCGGCGGCUCUAAAGGACCGUUUUAAAACGCCAGCGAGCACCGAGGUCUGACCAGCGGCAUCACCCCUUGGGAAUCCCAGAGGUGGGGGGCAGACCUGGCUACUGGAGGCUGAGAAAUGACCCAUACCAUUCAAAAGGGAUUUCAAAGCCCUGUGCUCUUUGGCCGCUCUGAUGAAAAGAGAAACGGAAGCAGAAGUCCUUGGUUUCUGCUUCUUCGUCCCAUGUCUGGAACGGAACUCGACCCAGUAUUAGCUGUUGCUUCCAGUCCACGGACAAUAUGUGGUUGACUAGGGCUGGAUCUGUACGUUUCAGGAAAACGCGUUGUAAAGCUCAUAAUGGGAAAUCACGUUGCCAAAGGAUCGGACUGUACAGCACCAUCUGGUGCCAUGCUUAAAACAAAACAAAACGCCAACAUACCCAAGUCCUAGGCAUUGACUCCAGCUAACUUCCUGAGGCAGCCUUCACACAGCCAUUUUUUCUGUUCCUCUGCCUAUUUCUGCAUCAUAUUCGAGCUUUCGCACAACAUAAAACCGCUUCCGGAAAUCUAGUGGAACACGGUGGAGGUUUAGCUCUCGCUUCCAUGUUAUCUGCUCCAGAAACAACCUGUUUGCAGCCCCACCAGCCCUGAAAAUUGCAGGAGUAAAGUGACAAAACCUGGGGGAGCAUAUGGUUUUCUUCCUUUUUUUUUGGAGGGGGGAAUCAUGGGGGAGCAGAAGCCAGCAUGUGCAGAAAGGGUGGGGAAGCAGAGUAGUUCUCAAGCUCCCUUCUCUCUCUGCUCCAUCUCCCAUGCCCCUUCCAUUCUUGCAACCUCGACAAAUCUGCCAAACCGAGUCUAUAUUUCCCCCCGAAUCUUAAUUUCACUUCUUCACAUUUCCACAGCAAUUUGCGGUGCACGCUGCAUUUAUUUUCCCAGAUCCUCCUGUGAUAGGUCUGCCAGCAUUUUAGUGCAAAUUUCUUCUCAAU